AAACGAAAGCACCCAAAAAAAAAAAAAAACUAGUAGCCGACUAGAUGAAUAAUUCUACAAGUCCUAGUCCUCGUCCUUCUUCUUCUUCUUCUCGGUGCCAUGAGCCAUCAUCCUCUCCAUCGUUCUCAUCGGCGGUUCCAGAUGAAAUCGCUGCGAAUUGUUUGGCCCGCGUCUCGAAAUCUCAAUACCGUUCAACCAGCUCAGUCUCCAAGAGCUUCCACUCUCUCCUCUCCUCUCCGGAGAUUUACGCAGCUCGAUCUGAAAUCGGAGCCACAGAGCCUCGCCUCUAUUUAUGUUGUGAAAGUUUAAGGACGGGGGCCACCACCACCACCCGUCGUAGCUGGUACAAUCUCAUGAGUCUCGAUGAUGAGAGAAUCAAAAAAGGAGACGCCUUUAUCAGCGUAAACGGGGCUGAAAUCAAAAUGAAGACUGAGUUGAGGUUAGUACCUGUUAAAGACUCUUCCUUUCACCAUUUAUGUGCUCGAUCAAAAGAAGCAAAUUUAGCCGUUGGUCCCGAGAUCUACCAAAUCGGCGGAAUCAACAAGAAGAAUGGCAAGCGAUCUAGAUCCGUCUGUGUGCUUGAUUGUCGGAGUCACACUCAACGUCGUGCUCCUAGGAUGAGGGUUGCAAGGCAAUGCGCCAAAGCUUGUCUUUUUGAUGAUGAUGGGAGUAGUAUAUAUGUAAUGGGAGGAUGCAGAAGAGACAAAGAGUGUUGGGGUGAAGUUUUCGACUUAAAGUCUCAAACUUGGAAGAAAGAGACACUUCCUAGCCCCCUACUUAUUGGUGGUGAUGAAUUCCAAGUUUUUGCCCUUGGAGCAAAGAUAUACGUUAUCACCGAGUGUAACAAGUAUGUAUAUGAUCCUAAAGAAGGAAGAUGGUUGCUGCUAGACUGGCAUUUUGUGGGUCUAAACCGCAUACUAGAACUAGGUGGGGUUUGGUGCGUUCUAGAUAAUCUAGUGUUUAUGGAGUGCAGCAGUGAUUUGUACUGGUAUGACUUGAGCUGUGGAAAGUGGGUAAUUGUCCAAGGUUUGGAAGAUCUGUGCUAUACCAGGGUUAAUUGUCGUUACCGUAUGGUUCAAUUAGUUAACUAUGGUGGGAAGCUGGUGAUUGUAUGGCUAGUGUUGCCUGAAGCUGUAUCCAGGAGGAAGCCGCCUGUCAUUCCACUAGAGAAAACUUGCUUUGCCGUCAUUAGGCUGGAGAAGCGUCUCACUUCAUCUGGACUUGUUAUCUCGGGAGAGAUUGAACGGUUGAGCUUCUCUCUUGUUCACGGCUCAUAUAAUCCCUUGACAUGUCUAUCCGUCUCGCUUUGAUUAUACUAUCAAAAGUAUCCCUCUCUUGCUUUUAAGUUUGGAGUUGAGUGAAAUUUAUUUCACUUUGUUUUGUAAUCUUUUUUUAUUUAUGUUUUUUUUCUACUUCAUCUUUGUGUACGCUUAUAUAGAUUUUGUGGUUACUUCAAAUCAUAUUAAUAAAGUUUUUUUUGUGCUUGGUUUA